AUGGCUGCCAAUAGUCCCCCCUCCCCCCCCGGCGUCCUCAAGACUCCCAAAGACCACUGGGUGUGCCCCCUGUGCCUCGAGAUCAUGGAGGACCCCCACUCCACCCCCUGCCGCCACUCCUUCUGCCGAACGUGCAUAACGCUCGCGUUCGCGCACGAGACGCACCGGCAGAUGCAUUCCCCCCAUGUUGCGACCCCGAUUCCCCCCCCAAAGACAUGUCCAAUUUGCAGAGCGGACUGCGGCUCGGAAGGGGGGGUAACUCCGAAUGGGGGCCUGGCGGCGGAGCUACGGGGGGCGCUCGUGAAGUGCGGGAACGUGGGGUGUGAGGAGGGGGCGGUGCGCGCGAGCGAGUGGAAGCAGCACCAGGGGGUCUGUGCGUAUGCGGAAGUGUCCUGCUCACAACAGCCGCUCGGGUGUCAUUGGCGGGGGGUCCGCCACCAGCUGGGCGCGCACGAGCUGCGGUGCGCUUAUAAGGAGCUGAGUGCAUUUAUAAGGGGAACUAACGAGAAAGUGGCGCAGCUAGCGCACACCGUCACGCACCUGGAGCACCAAGUGCGGCUACAAAACGCGCUGUUGCAGGACCUGCGGCGGUUGCAUCACUAUAGCUUACAAGACUACUUCAAGUUCGUCUACCUCAUCUUCUGCCGGCCGGACUUGUACGAGACGAGCCGGGAGCUCUGGCGGCACUCGUUCAACGUCUCGUGGUUCCAAGCCGUGUGCUUCAUGCUGCCCAUCUUUUUGCUCAAGUUCCGCCUCCUCUUCUCGCCUGACUCCACGCUCAGCUGGACGUGCCACGUGCUUCGGGAGCACGGCGCGUUCGGCGUCGCGCGGGGGCCGCUCACGCGCAUGUGCGCGUCGCGCGCGUGGGCCGACUUCGUGCAGCCGGCGGUCAACGGGAUGGGCAUCGGAGUGGCGCUGGGAGGCAUCCUGGUGGAGGGGUGGGUGAACCGGAUUUGGCACCGCAGCUGGUCGCGCCACGUGCUGUUCGUGCUCGUCAUGGACGUCGCACCCGGCGUGUUUGCGGACGGGGAGCUGCUGCUAGCCACGUGGCUGGCGUACCUGCUCUUCUUCGCGGUGCAGGCGGUCAUCGGGAGCCACAAGUUCGUGCCGGUGUUGCUAGACGGCAUCCUCAUGUCGAGCGCGCUCUACUCGCGCCUCGGCUGGCUCAAGUGCCUCAAUCUGCUGGUCCUGCGGUGGACGAAGGUGUCGGUAGACCGGCUGCUCGGCUCGGCGCGCGACGAGAGCGGGCUCGACUUCGAAAAGAUUUUACGGGCCAUGGACCAGUUCGAGCUGACGUCGGAGGAGCAGCGGCGCGCGUGGCUGGCGCUGUGCUGCGUGGUGGCGUCGCUCCUCUUGGGGGGGGGCGAGCUGCUGCGCUGGUACGGCUGGGUCCUGCUCUGCAACACCACCUUCUACGCCAGCCUCUGGAUCCCCUUUGUGCUGCUCGAGAAGUCCUUGUCGAGUCGCGGCCAAAAGCGGUGGGCGUUCUUUGGCAGCGAAGCGGUGCUGGGCUUGUCGUGCCUCGGCUUCGGGGGCCUCUUUUGGCACGCCUUUGGUGGGGACGCGCCGGGGGCGCCGGGCUGAGAGAACACGAGCAGUACAAACGGCUUAAAUAUAUUAUUGAUAUGUAAGGGCGGGCGCUAGUCGUUUGUUCUAGAUACAUGUCCGUGGAAGUCUGGCCAAAAGCCCGAAUUCUCGC